AAACAAGACGGCAUGAUUUUACUGCUGAGUGAGAACUUUUCAAUACGAUUGAAAUAUGAAUCGGGUUGCCGUGGUCACAGGUGCUAACAGGGGUAUUGGAUUAGAAAUCGUCAAGUCUUUAUGCAAACAAUUUCAAGGUGAUGUUGUUCUAACAGCUCGUGAUCCAGCCAGGGGACACGAAGCUGUACAACAGUUGGAGCGAGAUGGUUUUCAUGCCAAAUUUCACUUGCUAGAUAUCACUAAUACAAGCCACAUUGAAGGUUUACGCAAGUUUCUGCUUGCAACAUAUGGAGGGCUCGAUGUCUUGGUCAAUAAUGCUGGAAUAAUGUACAUUGGCAAGGAAAAGGAAGAAGUAGCAGCAAUUGUUCAAGCUACAACUACACUACAAGUCAACUUAUUUGGGCACCUGGAAGUGUACAAACACUUGUUUCCUAUUUUUAGACCACAUGCAAGAAUCGUCAAUAUAGCAAGUACUCUUGGUUUGCUAAACUACAACAACAAUGAAGAGGUUAGGGAGAAACUAAUGUCCGGAGAAUUAACCAUGCAAGACAUAGUCAACCUUGCAGAGGAGUAUCUACGUGACGUAGAGCAAGGUUUAGAGGAACAAAAGGACUGGCCAGACGCUUACAGCGUGUCCAAGACUUUAGUUAUGGCUGCAACUCGUGUCCAGGCUCGUGAACUUGCAGAAGAUAGCCAUGAAGAUGUUAUUGUUAACUCUUGCUGCCCAGGCUGGGUAAAAACAAACCUCACAGGAAACCGCGGCGUGAAGAGUCCUGCGCUGGGGGCAGACACACCAGUUUACCUUGCUUUGCUGCCACCAAAUUGUGCAUCUCCAGUUGGUGAGUUUGUGGUUGACAGAAAGAUACGGCGUGUCAGAUAAAUGCAGUUGGAGGUGCUGCUACAAACAGACCAGCGAACUGUGUACAGGCUCAAUUGGAUCAAAAUGAAUCUGUAGUUCACAAAUUAAGGUUAAGACACCGCAGCGACAAUGAUUCAUGAUAUUGUUUGGCAAUGUGUGAGAAAAUGAGAAACAAUGCUUGUAAUGAGCUGCUGCACACGCUGCUAUCGCGUGAUAACAUCUGGCGAUAACCAUAACAACAAAAAUAUUUCAAAUCGUUUAUAAUUUCUAGCGAUAUAGUCAAGCUAAAUUUAAUAAGUAGCCAAUUACAGCCAUAGAUGUUUUUUGACACAUAACAAAAACAUUUCGUAUCGAAAUAAAUGUUCGCCAUUGUGUCGCAAAAACAAAAGCUGAACUUUGCUGCGACCGUGAUGCUAAAUGUUAUGGUUGGUCAUUGUCGCUCAGUACAUUUUGUACAUCAGUGUUAAAUAAGCAUGUACCGUAUAUAUAUACUCGCGUAAUAACCGCAAAUUUGGCCUCAGAUUUUAACCCUGUAUUUGCU